AUGGAUUCCCGAGAUCGUUAUCAAAACAUGACUGAUCCCUACCGACAACAACAAAAUCAGGAGCAAACUGAACUUUAUGAAUAUGAAGGAGAACAAAAGUCGUCUAAAUCUCGAUUGGGUAAUCUACUUGACUCGUCGUUUAUACCCAAAUCAUCGGAAGCACUCCGACGUGCACCUAAUCUGCUCGACUCGUUGCCAGCGAAUGUCAAUCGAACAUUAUUAUUCGCUAAGCUUUUUUAUUUCUGGUAUUUCGCAGCAUUUGGUUCCCUCUUCCCUCUGAUGUCGAUCUACUUCAAACAGAUGGGCAUGGGACCAUCCUAUUGUGGUAUACUCAUGGGCUUUCGUAACUUUGAAGAAAAAAAAACCGAACCUUUUGUUGAGUUUGUCUCCGCGCCAUUUUGGAGUGUGGUGUCGACACGUUUUCGCCAGGCAAAACAGAUUUUGAUCAUGGCUAUUCUGUCUUGGAUCAUAUUCACUGUUGCGAUCGGUUUGAUUAAGCCACCACCACAUUCGUGUUGGCGAGAAAUGAAUUCCACACAUCAAGUUAUCGAACGUGUCGGCAGCUAUUCAACGAGUACAAUAAAGCCGACAGUUAAACUAAUUGUUAAACGACAACUAAUCAAAUCACCAUCAUCUUCUGCUUUGGAUAAAACAAAAGAAUCAAUCGAUCGUCCAAAUCGAAUUCUGAAUUCUACUAUGACAACAAAAAUAACAUUAACAUCGCGACGAAGAAAAACAAGGAAAACAACGACGACAACAACAACGAGAACAACUUUACCUUCACAUUUUAAUCAAGAGGAUGAUGAUAUUGACAGUAAUGAAGAAGAUAAUCCGAUUAAUGAAAAUCAUCAAAUAAAUUUCAAACAGCCAUCAAAUAUUAACUAUUUAGUACCCAUAAAUAAACCACACAAAUCCAUGGGCAAUCCAUUAUCAAUUACGCACACGAAUAUCUCCUUAGUGAAACCAUUAGCAUCACCUAUACUCUAUGACAAAAAAGAUGUUCGCAAUGUCUUCAUGGUUUUCCUUUUACUGAUUAUCGUCGGAGAAUUUUUCAGUGCACCCGCCAUCACACUAGCGGAUGCCUGUACGUUGUCAUACCUGGGACAAGAUACUGAAUUGUAUGGCCGACAGCGAAUGUUUGGAAGUUUGGGUUGGGGCUUGGCAAUAUUCAUUGUCGCUACAAUACUCGAUCAAUCGAAAUCACUUACAUUCCAUGCUUGUGGAACAAGUGGCCCACUCGAGAAAAAUUAUACAAUUUGUUUUGCCGCGUUCACUGUUUGUAUGACAUUUGCAUUGAUAAGUGCAUCUCGUUUCGAAUUUUCGUAUGACAAAAAUGAACAAUUACCAUUACACACAUCGAACGCCGAGUCAAAACGAUCGACCAAAUCAAAUGUCAACAAUGAAGAACAGUAUCAAACAUCGAAUACAAUUAAAUUAAUGCAAAUCAUUCAGAUCUUUAUGACAUUAAAAAACGGAACGUUUCUAUUCAUUGCUUGGUGGAUGGGAUGUGGAGUCGGACUUGUAUUUACAUUUCUCUUUUGGCAUUUACAAGAUCUCGGUGGUUCACCGACACUUUUCGGUGUGGCAUCAGUUAUCAAUCACACCAGUGAAUUAUGUGCAUAUUUUUUCUUACACGAAUUAAUCCAUCGUUUCGGUCAUAUAAAAAUUCUCUAUUUGGGUUUGUUAGGAAAUUUCGUUCGUUUCGUUUAUAUUUCGAUUAUAUCAAAUCCGUGGUGGGUUUUGCCGUUCGAAUUCAUUCAAGGAUUGACGCAUGCGGCUGUAUGGGCAACAGCGUGUUCGUACUUAUCUCAAGCAGCACCGGAGAAUUUACGCAUAUCGUGUCAAGGUGUUUUACAGGGAUUCCAUUUUGGGUUCGGCCGAGGGUGUGGAGCUUUAUUCGGUGGAUUUUUUGCGUCAUCUUUUGGUACUGACAUAACUUUUCGUGUUUAUGGUAACAUAUGUUUGAUUUUCGUGGGCAUAUUCACUUAUGUAAAUCAUCGUUUUCCCGAUGGUAUCGGUGGUGAACAAAGGAACUUCAAUGUUGAUGAUUCUCACGAAAUUUCUGGCAAUCCCCCACUUUUGGCACCACACGGCGCACCCGCCAAUCCCAAGUGGCAAACAAAAUAUUCUUCCGGUUUAACAGCAGGUAUUAAACAAGAGUCGAUCCAUUCAACUCCACUGUCGACAUCAAACAUGAAAACUGAUUUCCGACGUGGUGAUACGAUGCAAUACUCCUACACUCAACUGUUAGUUGUGAUCUUCUGCACAAUGUUAAUUGUUGAUCAUGUUGAUGCCAUUCGAGUACGAAUUCCUGCGUUGAGAAUAUCUUCAUCGUUUAGUAAAACAGCCGAUACCAACAAGAAGAAAGCAGCUGCACAGAAAACUGACAUUCAGCAUCCAGCCAAAACAAUUCCAUUGAAAAUAUCAUCUAGUGGAUCGAAAGAUGGUUUCUAA